AACCCAAAAAGGUCAAACAGGAGACCAAAAGCCAACACAGCAAUGAAAAAUCAAUUUCGAUCUUCUAAUUUCAUCAUCUCCGAAAUUUACUAAUCCUUUCGAUCGAUUUUUUUACUUUUGGUUGUUAUUUUGUGUUCAUUUAUUCCUUCUUUUUUAUUUUUUCGAUCCCCUUUUUUUUUUUUACCAAACUUGAAUAGCAGUUAAUUAACCGUACCUUGUGGUUCAGUUUCAAAUUUUGUAUCUUAAUUUCAUUUCUAUCGAGAAAAAAAAAAUUGAACAAAAUUAAAGAUCGAUGGUGAAGGAGACGGAAUAUUAUGACAUUUUGGGGGUCAGCCCAACUGCUACCGAAUCUGAGAUUAAAAAAGCAUACUACAUUAAGGCACGGCAAGUUCAUCCUGAUAAAAACCCAAAUGACCCUCAAGCUGCGCAGAAUUUUCAGGUGUUGGGAGAGGCUUAUCAAGUACUGAGUGAUCCAGGUCAACGACAAGCUUAUGAUGCACAUGGCAAAUCAGGAAUUUCAACAGAUGCAAUCAUUGAUCCUGCAGCAAUUUUUGCUAUGCUUUUCGGAAGUGAACUUUUUGAGGAGUACAUAGGUCAGCUUGCUAUGGCAUCAAUGGCUUCAUUGGAUAUUUUCACUGAAGGUGAAGAUUUUGAUGCAAAAAAGUUACAAGAGAAAAUGAGGGUUGUUCAGAGGGAGAGGGAAGAAAAGCUUGCUGAAACUUUGAAAGACCGGCUCAAUCUGUAUGUACAAGGAAAUAAAGAGGAAUUUGUUCGUCAAGCAGAAGCUGAGGUUGCGAGGCUCUCAAAAGCAGCUUAUGGUGUUGAUAUGUUAAAUACAAUUGGAUACAUAUAUGCAAGGCAGGCAGCUAAAGAACUCGGGAAGAAGGCAUUAUACUUGGGUUUGCCUUUUAUUGCUGAGUGGUUCAGAAACAAAGGCCAUUUUAUCAAAUCUCAAGUAACUGCUGCAACAGGUGCAAUUGCUUUGAUUCAGCUACAAGAGGACAUGAAAAGGCAGCUCAGCGCUGAAGGAAAUUACACCGAGGAAGAACUUGAAGAGUACAUGCGAUCCCACAAGAAGCUAAUGAUUGAUUCGCUCUGGAAGCUUAACGUAGCAGAUAUUGAAGCCACUCUUUCUCGUGUGUGUCAAAUGGUUCUACAAGACAACAACGUAAAGAAAGAAGAGCUUCGUGCUCGCGCAAAGGGGUUGAAGACUCUUGGAAAAGUUUUCCAGAAGGUUAAAUCAGUCGAUGGAAAUGAAACCGAAACUACAGCAAAUGGUGUCCACAAGUUGGAUGGAAAUGAACCGAGUUUUGACUGUCGUUCUUCAACUGCUGCGUCAGUACAAUCUCCAAAUAAAGAAGAGGUGCCUUCUACAGUAUCUGCAUCACAGAGCCCAUAUGUGGAGGCUCCACAGUUUGCCGGUGGUCAAUUCAGCUAUAACUUCCCCAUGCCGACUGCACCACCGGGUGCACAGAGACACAGGUAGACAUAUGGUGGACGACGCAAGAAUUUGUGUAGCUUGUGAAUUGUAGCGCGUGUUGUUGUAUGGCUUAUUCUUAGGAAAAAGAGAGGGAGUUUGUAUUUCUUAUGUAUUAUCCCCAGUGUGCGCAUAUAUUUGAAGCAUGAUUCCAAGCUUGUGUAACAGAUAGCUGACCAGAGAAAAGCUUCUGUAAUAUUGAUUUCAGGAAGGACUGCUUUGUAAUUAAUAGUUCGAGUGUAAGUUGUCUGGCCUGUGAAUGCAAAAUAUUAUAUUGCAUUGGUCUAUUCUUGUUCUAUAACCAAUUUAAAGUUUGUUAUUGACCUAUUCUGCCACCCCCUAGUUGGUGUCUUUUUGUUC